CCAAGCUUUACAAAUAUAGAUAUAGAUAUAGAUACUCUGCUAUUACCUAAUCAUAUAGUAAUAAUUAUCCUUAUAGCAAACGUUCACAUCCAUUGCCUACGAUUCCAACCCGACUAUUCUUCAGAAUUAAUUUAACAGCUGCUCUUUCUUCUUUCAACACACAAUACCGAAUUUGCAGAUUCAAUGAUGACGAUGCAGCCGAAUAAGCAUGAUGAGGAGGUUUGUAAUGAUGAUAAUAAAAAAUUACCCCGUCUAUCUGCAAAAUAUCCGUGGUUUGUUGUUCAGGACCUUGAAGACCUUACUCACCAGUUUUUCUCCACCCUUCACAACCCGAUGUUUAAAUAUCAGUGUCGAAUCUCUCCAUUGUCCGGAAAUCGUGUCCGAGGUUGUUUCCAUGGGUGGAUCAUUCUCUCAAACCAUCCACAGAACAAUAUUUGGUCUCUUUGGAACCCCUUGUCCGAUUCUAACACCAUCAUCCUCCCUCCUUUGUUUUUGAAGGACGGAGAUUAUGAUUCUAUCCGUGAAUGUUGUUUGUCUGCUCCUCCAUCUAAUCCCUCUUCAGUUCUCCUCUUAAUGAAUUCCAAUAAGCGUACCUUUGUUUUUUGUCAUGUAUCCCCUAAAAGAAAGAAAAGCCUCACAAAAAUGCUUACCAAAAGAUGGACCGAGAGGUCAUAUGAUUACCAACUCAAGAGAGUAACCUGGAAUGGUCAAUUAUUACAUAACCUGGAAUGGUCAAUUAUAUGCUUUGUGUAGUCACAGUAAUGUUGGUCCAUGUGUCAUACGGGUUGAAAUUGUAGUCAAGGAUGGAACGGUUGUGAUACAACUAAUAGCAGUUGGGGAAGCCUGUCAUCUGAAUUCCUAUCGUUGUCCCAAACAGCUUUUUUUUCUCACAGGAACUUGUACAGAGUUGUUCCUCAUUGUAGUUGGUUUUCGUACGAAAACUGACAGAAUACCUGGUGAUGUGUCUCUGUUUAAAUUAGACAUGGCUAGCAUAAAUUGGAAAGAAUUGGAAUGCCUCAAAAACUGGGACAUGUCUGGUCUUGAAAGUGAAGAAUUUUAUCAAGUACUUGAUGACUACCUUCAUGACUUGGCCAUUAUUGAAGAUCUGUGGGAAGAAGUGCAAGGCUUUAACGACACCAUAAUUGUUGUGGAUCUUGUUCGUGAUAACUUGGAAUAUUACAACCCUGCAAUUGCCUCGGAGUUAGGUGGGUAUAUACACAUUCUUGACAAAAUGGACAAAGUAAUAUAUUCGUAUCGCCUCACCAAUAAUACCAUUGUUCGAUCUCCCAUGCCUUCCUCAGUGCUGCCAAAAAGCCACAUGUCAAUGUGGGCAUGCUGGUUAGAAGAUGACCGUAGAGAAGCUGAAUUCAUAGUUGAUUCUAAACUAGAAGAGGAUGAGAUGGUUAUUAACUUAAUAUCAGACAAUGAGGUUGAAGUUGGUGAAUCUCGCUUGCUUGAUAUUCCAUUUGAUGUUCUGGAGAUGAUGAUGAAGUUUUGUGUUGGCGUGGAAUACAUAAACUUUCGUGCUACAUGCAAACGUUGUCAUCUAGCAGCACGUCUAAUACAAUGGCGCAACCAUACAUCGUUAAUGAGAUUACAGGAUUAUUCACUAGUUUCACCUUGGUUGAUGGUUGUAGACCGAACUCAAGGCAUUAUCACUUUCACAGAUCCAAUCUUGGGUGACAACUACUUUAUGCGAUGUUCACAGUUAACGAUUGCUAAUGGAACAAUAUGUUGUUCCAGGUUUGGUUGGCUGCUAUUUAAGACCAGUGAAUACUGCCCAGUGUUUUUUAAUCCCUUCACAAAUGAUCUCCGCGAGCUUCCAGAAGCACCUUUUAUUAUAUAUUCCUUAUGGUUUUCUGCCCCGCCUGCUUCACCAGAAUGUAUGGUUGUUGGAUUUACAUGGUUGAGAGUUCUCAUUCUUUAUGUAGCCCGAGAAACAACCUGGCUGGAGUUUGAUCUAUGUAUAAAUCCAAGGGAAUAUCCGAUUUGUUUUCCAAAAUUUCAUGGUGAAGGUCUUUAUGCAUUGCACAAGACGGGCGAACUCAUGGUUUUCAGAGAUUUGGGUAAAGAUAAUGUCUCUAUCGAAGUUUUUAAAGCCCAAGCCCCAAGAAGUUGUAGCUGCUCUGAGGCACAAUAUUUUUUGGUGACAUGUGACCAGCGUCUUUUACUAGUUGUUAUGGGCGGGCUUGGAGAAUCCAUUGAGGUAUUCAAGCUGAACGAAUCUACACAAGAAUGGGAAAAAGUAAAUGGUGUAGGAAAGCACAUGAUUUAUAUUUGUGAUACAACAUGUCUCUGCAUUGAAGUUAAAAUGCCAGAAAUGGAGAACAAGAUCUUCCUUGCACAGCCAAGUUCUAGAAACAAGAAGAUAGUUUUUUUUCACUCUAAACAUGCACGUUUCACACAUUUAAUGGUACAAGCAUCCAAGAAAAAUUAGGGGAUGCCUUCCCAAUCAGACAUCUUUCUGCUCAUACUUGGAUUGAACCAAGUUGGUUGGAUUUGCCACGUAAAUCUGUCUAACUCAACUUGAAUAAAAUCAUCGUCUAUAAGCUGUGUGCUAGGCAGCACAACCUGACCAUUUACAGAAACUAGCUUGCCCUUUAGUCUAACCUUGACCGGUAGCAGCAUCUGUAGCUGUGCAACCACUUCUCAAUCUUACCAUCUCAUCAUCUGGCCAGCAUACAACUGAUGCUAUUUCCAAAACUGAUUCAAAUAGAUAUUUAGCAUAACAUUUUGCUGAAGUAAAAAAUUACUGGUUAUCAGGUACUCCUUGUAUGAUUUCUUUUAGCAUAUCGCAUCCUUACUAGGUUUUCAUUGAUAACACCACCUAUGUGCUAGAUUGUGAGGGUGGGCUAUAUAUCUGCAUGUUGACUAGACUUUUUCUGAUGAAUGUAACAUGUCAUCAUCCCA